AGAGAAGAGUGUGAGAACUGGGAGUAUGUUUGAACAAACCAUAGUGUGAAGAUGCCUCAUUCCAGUUUCUUUCUUGGUGAAGAAGCCAAGUGAGUUUCUGUUAUACUGGGAGUAGCUUGACACGCAACAGUGUUGGCUGCAUUGGCUUGGCUUUGGGCUGAAGUCCUCAAAAAAGAGCUUGGAUGUCUCUGCAGGAGCUGCUACGUGAGAGUCAGGAGACUCCUCAGCGGAUUGUGACGAGACUCUCGCAGCUUCUGCACAGCCUGACACUCGCACUGCUGCAGGGGACCAGCUACAGCCCGUACACACGCAAGAGCUCAGUGAUGGAGUGUAACGAUGAGAUCAUGCAGCAGGAGACGAGUCCGCUGUGCGCAGCAGACAUCAGCCCUGACCUCAGGAAAUGCUUCGCCUUCCUGUCAGGUGGUCGAGGCACAAACGGGAGCCCCAUCAUCAUUUUCCCAGAGUUCCCUACAUUCACAGAGCUGCAGGAGGAGGAGUUCCACAAUGUGCUGACAUACCUGACCAGCGUUCCCAGCCUCAGCGCCUCAGGAGUUGGCUUCAUCCUGAUCAUCGACCGCAGACAAGACAGAUGGGCAUCAGUGAAGGGAACACUACUGCGCAUCGCGGGCUCAUUCCCAGGAAACCUGCAGCUGGUAUUGGUGUUGCGGCCCACCACCCUGUUCCAGCGAACGCUCUCAGACUUCCUAUUUAGGCUUCAGAAGGAUGAGUUUAAAAUGAAGGUGCCGGUGAUCAUGCUUAGUUCAGUCACUGAGCUACACAGCUACAUAGACCGCUCCCAGCUGACCCAGGAGUUGGGAGGCACUCAGGAGUAUUGCCACGAGAAGUGGAUCUCACACCGCACUGCCAUCGAAGGCUUUGCGCUGAUGGUGAAGAAGACGGCUCAGACGCUGCAGGCGUUCGGGACGGAGCUGGCUGAGACGGAGCUGCCCAAUGACGUCGAGGCAACGUCCACCCUGCUGAGCGCUCACACCGAAAAGAAAGAGAAGAUGAAGGAGGAUCUGAAGAUCGCUCUGGGUCAGGGUGGACGCUUGCUGGACAGCAUCAAUGAGCCGCUGGCAUCAGAUCCAAACUACAGCAUGAACCACGAUGAGCUGGAGAACCUGGCUACUGUGCAGAGGCUACUCGGGCAGUUGGAUGAGACCGAAACGGCAUUUGAUGACUUCUGGGAAAGGCAUCAGACCAAGCUGGAACAGUGUCUUCAGCUGCGCUAUUUUGAACAAAACUUCAGGGAGGUCCGAGCCCAUUUGGAUCAGGUAGCUGAUAAACUAUCCAGCUUCUCUGAGGUGGGAAUAAGCCCCGCCCAUGGUGAGCACAUCCUGAAGGAGCUGACCAGUCACGAAGAGAGAACCUGUGAUGUGCUGGACCGGGCUCUGGCUCUGGCCGCUGAAGGAGAUACACUGAUCGGGAACUCUCACUAUGCUGUGGACUCCAUAUUGCCCAAAUGCUCCGAGCUCAGGACCGUGUGUGAGGACGUGGGAGCUGUUUUGAAAGCCAAAAAGACCCACCUGCUCAAAGCCAUGGAGCUCCACUCCAGUCUAGAGAAGGCUACCAGAUGGUGUGAUGAUGGAAUUUACCUUCUAGCAUCUCAGCUUGUUGACAAGUGUCAAUCGCAGGACGGCGCAGAAGCAGCACUGCAGGAGAUCGAGCGUUACCUGGAUACAGCCAAUCAGCACAAGUUGACAGACUUAGCUGGCAUCUGGAAGGAGUACGAGUCCGUGCUGACGACAGAUUUUCGAGAUCAGGUGGAGCGGGUCUUCCAGAAGCAGCUCUCUAUGGAGGACAUGUUUGAGAAAAGAAGAGUUAGCCUGAAGAAGUUGGCAGCUAAGCAGACGCGGCCUGUCCAACCGGUCGCCCCUCGACCCGAAGCCAUCAUCAAAUCACCCAUGUCCUCUCCCGCACAUAAAGAGAGGACUUUAUCAUCUGACAGUAUCAACAGCAAAAAAGGUGAUGCACUCCUGCAGAACGGAAGGUGUCUCUCAGAAGAGGAGGAGAACCUGGCUGUACUCAGGCGUCAUGUAAUGAAUGAGUUGUUGGAGACGGAGAGGGCUUAUGUCGAGGAGCUGCUGUGUGUACUGCAGGGUUACGCUGAUGAGAUGGACAAUCCCAGCAUGGUGCACCUCAUCCCUGUCACCCUCCAGAACAAGAAGGACAUUCUGUUCGGCAACAUGGCUGAGAUCUACCACUUCCACAACAAAACUUUCCUCCGAGAGCUGGAGGCGUACACAGACUGCCCCGAGCUGGUGGGUCGGUGCUUCUUAGAGAGGAUGACAGACCUACAGAUUUAUGAGAAGUACUGUCAAAAUAAGCCACGCUCCGAGUCACUAUGGCGACAGUGUUCGGACUGCGCCUUCUUCCAGGAGUGCCAGAAGAAACUUGAGCACAAGCUGGGCUUGGACUCGUACCUGCUGAAACCAGUACAGCGCAUCACCAAAUACCAGCUCCUCCUUAAGGAGUUAUUAAAGUACAGUAAAGGCUGCGAUGGCUCAGAGGACCUGCAGGAGGCGCUCUCAUCCAUCCUCGGCAUCCUCAAAGCUGUCAAUGACUCCAUGCACCUCAUCGCCAUUACAGGAUACGAGGGCAACCUGAACGAGUUGGGCAGGCUGCUGAUGCAGGGCUCCUUCAGCGUCUGGACCGAGCACAAAAAAGGUCACGCCAAGGUCAAGGACUUGGCACGCUUCAAGCCAAUGCAGCGGCAUCUGUUCCUGCACGAGAAAGCCUUACUGUUCUGUAAGAGACGUGAGGAGAAUGGCGAGGGCUACGAAAAAGCGCCUUCUUACAGCUUCAAACACUUCCUCAAUAUGAGUGUUGUGGGCAUCACGGAGAAUGUAAAAGGAGAUAACAAGAAAUUUGAGAUCUGGUGCAACUCACGAGAAGAGGUCUACAUUGUCCAGGCGCCAACAGCAGAGAUAAAGAUGACGUGGGUGAACGAGAUCCGGAAAGUUCUGACUGGUCAGCUGAAAGCCUGCAGGGAAGCAAUUCAGCAGAAGACGUCCGAGCAGCUUUCUCCACUUCCCACCUCCAACAGCGCAGUGAUCAGCCUGAGCCCCUUUAAAACCAGUCAGAAGAGUCAGAAGAAAGGAGAGGAGAAGAAAACCGAGCCGACGCUUCCUGAGCUCAGCUUAAUACCUGCGAUGAGAAACUCUGACAAGGUCAAAGAGGACACGGUAACCAGUCCCACCACUGACAGGGCAGCGGUGGCUAAAAAGCGUUUUACACUACAGGGCUUCAGCAACCUCAAGAGUCAGAAAGGAUAUCCCCCUAGUCCUGACCACAAAACUAAGCGGCAUGAGAUUAAGAGUGAUCCAACGCCAUUUGGCUUCAAAGAUGCAGGUCCUACCAUCUCCCUCAGCCGGGCCAAAUGGCUGAGCACUUCUAGCCUCGUACAGGCUAAGCGCAGAGGGUUCAGUAAGGCCUCUCUGUCCAUGGAUGCCUCGGAGGAGAACGAUGGGUACUCCAGCGCCGAGGACCCCUUAAACUCGGACCCUGAGGAUGAGGGGAAGAAACUGUCUCCAGGCAAGUACAUUGUGGUAGCUGAUUACGAUAAAGGAACUCAGGACCUCACAGUAAAGGGUGGAGACAUGGUGCAGCUGGUCCGAGAGGGUGCUGACGGCCAGUGGUUGGUGCGUAACCUGAAUAGCAAUAAAGAGGGCUGGCUGCCUGCUGCUAACCUGCUCACUCUACUCGGGGAGUCCAAGUCGUCACAGUCUCUCACCAGUUCAGAGGGCAGUGGCUCAGGCAACCUGAGCACAUCAUCCAGCUGCAGUGAGACCUACACCAGCUUCUCCGACAUCAAACCCUGAGGCCUGUGGCUCCGUCCUGCCUCGCUAUAGCACCGCCUCAUGGCAGCUCCUACACACUGCACUUUCUACUGAGACACAUCUUCCACCUCCUCCAUGGACUGUAUUCCUCACCAGUCAUAGCGAUUUAACGCACAGCUUCAAUCUCACCUAGAUGUUUCCUGCUAGUGUUACAAGGAGGGAUAGAACCUGCUGCGCUCUUUCCCAAAAAAAUAAGCUAUUUAUUUAUAUAUCUAUUAGUGCAAUAGCCUUCGAAUACAAAAGCAACACACUUUUAUCCACUAAACUAAAAGCUGUGACCUUGAGUCUUGUACCGAGUGUCGAAAGCGUGUCGGUUUGGAAUAGUUUCAGGAACUUUUUUUUUUUUUUCUACUUUGCCAACAUUGCAGGACACUUGAACAGAGCAUUACGUGAUUGUUGGAGUCGUGUCCAGUUUCCAAACUGUGAAAUGUCCUGUCUUAUUUACUGUAUGUAUUAAUCAGAAACAGCUGUAUAUUUUAGAUUAUUUCCUGUACAGUAUUUGUAUAUAUUAUAACUUGAUCUUUUUUCCCCCCUUCCCCCUGUAAAAUGGCAGUAUCUAUAUAUUGUAUAUUAAAUGUUUAUGUAUGGUGUCAUUGUAUCUGAAGCAUGUCGUCUGCACUAUUUUACAGGCAUUACAUUAUGUCCUUUUUUUAAUUUAUUUUUUUAAGCAAAAUUUCUCCCAAAUAAAAUAAAAUAUAGUAACACCUUUUCUAAAAACAGUAUCUGAAAACAAUCCUCACAGGUUUUAAGCAAGGUGUAAAUGAUGGGCUGAUAACGAAACAGCAUUUCACAUGCAUUUAUCAUUGUGCCCCAAAGCUGUUUUUUUUAAUCUUCUUAUUCCCAUAUGUCUAUAUAUAAACACUGAAUUAAAUCUGCUGUAUUUCAGUGUCAUGUGGCACAUCGCCCUUGUAUUUCUCUAUUUUCUUAUUUGUAACAAAGGUAUGUGUCUGCUAUGUCUGUACAUGUGUAAAGUGUAAAUAUGUAUUUAAGAUGAUGUAUGAAUUAAGAGAGA